AUGUCGACGACCUACUUCUCGUGGGUUGUCGACUCGACUAUGGAAACACAAGAAAUUCAUAGACCGACUUCUGGCCUCUUUAGGCCUGACACUAGCGCCCGUCAAGGGAUAUUGGAUAACACCAGUGUCUCGGCUAUAGCACUUGGGAGUCAUAUUCGACAUAGAGAAGAACAGCGUAUGAAUGACACCUCAGUUCAAGAAGAAGCUUCUGUCACUGGAGAGACAAAGCAGAACACAAGGCCUAUGCAACCAGCGUCGAGUGAAGACCAAAGCAUGGCAAUCAUACUUAGGUUGCCUCCAGUGGAUUCGACCAGAUCCAUCGACGAGAGAUUUCACCCAGAUAGCUAUUACCUCAGCAAAGAAAACCAGGGACAUGUUACAUUCGCCACACCUUACCACAACAAAUUGGACCAAUCUCUCGAGCUUCUAGCCCCACCAGAAACAAUGCUGGACCCAAUCCUCUCACAACUAGACAAGCGACUCCAGAGGGCCGUAAUAAUAGUACCAGUAUGGAAACGGGCAAUUUGGUUAUACGUCGCAGUUCUUUACGAACCAUCUGGCAACAAACCAACGCCAGACUUCCUGCGUCAACAGAUAGCAAACGGUGGCCUGACCGAAGGCACAAGGGAGAAUUAUAGACAUGCGAUAAGGAUUUGGCACGAGUACCGCACAGCUAACCGCAUUCUUGCCCAACUCCCGUCACAUGGAGAUUUACACAGUUUCUUACAAUACUGUUUUUAUAGAGGACACCCCCCAGACCAAAUUCGACAGAUACGAGCUGCGAUCAACAGUACCGCACACACACACAGGCCGUUAUUCUCGACAGACAGUGGUCAUAGGCCAUUCAGGCUACGUCUCCAUGUGGAAUGCCCAGCACCCGAAGACAACGGUCGAUCGACCGAAAUUCCAGCCAACUGGAGCCUCCAACUGCUCAAUUCAACGGGUAUCGAACUGGAAUGGCGUGCGCUGCUCACCACAUUCUGGCUUGUUGGGAGCCCGACGAGAUUCCAACCAAACAUUUGGUCCGGAUUCGAUCACUUUCACACCUGCCUGCCGUACCAUUCACGUGGAUCUACGGAAGAAGGAACGUGA